AUGGGUCACGGCGCUCCUCGCCUUAAACUUUCAGUACGACGAAUUAUCUUCAUGUCGAUUUUCGCGGCAACUGUGGCGACUGGAAUCGUGAUUAUAAUUUGCGCGUUUACAGUAUUUCCCCUGCCUUUCGGUUUACUGGUCAUUGGAAUUCCCGACGUUGGUGUGAUCGCUGUAUUGUUUACGAUCAUUUCGAGACCCAAAUGGCGCGCUGAUCCAUCGCUGCUCGUGGAGUUGAAGCGACAGCUCGUUGUAUACAACUGUCAGGUUGUGCUUCCGUUCGUUUACCCUCUCUACAUCCUCGGCUUCGUGUCUCUCGAUGGGAUCUAUCAAGUGUUAUUCGUGAUGGUGCUGCCGGUCAUCCAACUAAGCGCCAGAAACUGGAUCAGCCGCUCUUUAGUCGACAACAACGACAUGAAACCCGAGUCUGUCAUCUUUAUUGUCGAAGUCUUCAACGCCUUGUACAUCUCCAGUGCGUUGCACAACAGUUCGUCCUGGGGUACCACAGCAAUAGUUAUGCUGAUAGACGUGGUCCAGUUUUGGAUAUCUAUGGUGGAUAUCGUGAAGGUGCUUGAAGAGAUGAAGACGCUCGUGAACAAAAUUCCGGAGAAGCACCCCAUGAAAAAGGAGAAUUUCGUGCAGAUCGCAAUUCGACUUGUCGAUAUCGAGGCUGCCAGAGACAAAAGCUUGCAAAGUGCCUUGCAGCAGACGAGAGCGCAACAUGUGUUGGACAGACGUGGGACCUGGAUGAAAACGUGGAUCCGAUCGAAUACCGCUCGAGUUCUCCCCUUCCGACCGCCAGAUAAGCAGAAUCUCGAUACUUCUCCCGGACUAGAAACCAUUUUCUCGAGAAAGGAGCGAAUACGGUUCAUUCAUAAGGCUACGCGGGUAUUAUUCAUGACAGAAUACCUAGUCUUGAUUGAGUACGUCGAGGUGGCCAUGCCGAUAGCGUACAGUCUUCACUGCUUGAUGUUAGCCCCCAUGCACAACAGCAUUUACUAUCCCUCAUUAGCUGGGCUUACCAGUGCUCAACUAUGGGCAUCAGUAUCGAGUGUGCUGGGCUACAGUUUUCUCGAGCUCAUGUCCCUACUGCUAGUAAUCUUCGUGCUCAAGCAGAAGCUGAGUUUAGGGUGUCUCCAGCAACUAGCAUUCGUGUUCGAAACCCAAGCUGAGGUUAUCCAGUUUAAACUGAACGUCGUCUUCGUCUACAUCAUGCAGGUGGCGCUGGAACACCAUGGGGCCGAUUUCACCUUCAAGUUCGAUUGGCUUCACUCAACCAACGCUUGA